AUGCUGGACUUCGUAGCUGCUUUUGAAAGGGGUGGGGCAGUCCUAUGGAUGCUGCAGUUCACAACGCUGCGGCACAGCCCGCUAGAUGCCAUCAACGCCCUGAUCAGGGGUUGCUUGUUGGAGGAACGUCUUGGUGAAAAUACUUUCACAUACGUGCCAAAGUCAGGCGCAGCCCAAGCACUGAAGUGGACAUUUCACAACGGAUUGGGCCUGGUGUUCGUAGCUGUCUACCAGAAAACCCUUUCUUUACUUUACGUCGACGAGCUCCUAACGGCGGUCAAGGACGAGUUCGUCGGCGUAUACAAACCGGGUCAGCGGGACUAUAAAGGUUUUGACGACGUCUUUAAUCGGCUGCUACGUGAAGCAGAAACCAGAGCAGAAGUAUCAAAGCGCCAGCCCGCCAUGAGGACCGCGGCUGUGGUCAUGGCCAAGCAGGGCAAAAAGGAGUCGGGGGGCACGAAAUCGGGCAGCAAGACGGGCGGCGACGCCGAUGCGGACGACGACACUGCAGCAAAAGGUAAUCGACGCGGAAACGGUGCUGGCGGUCAAUCCAGCGAGGUUUCCGCCGAUGGGGAGGACGGCGACACAAGCGGUGCGGAGGACGGCGUGCGUGCCUUCGACGUGAGCAAACUGCCCAAAGGCAUCGCAUCACGUGGCCGGGGUGUUCGCGGCCGUCCUGGCGCUGCUGCAACCUCCAGCAAGGCGGAGGCAUCCAGCAAGAAGAAGGAAGACGCGGCGCCGAAGAAGAAGGCCCGCAAUUGGAACACCCUGUUCCCGUCGGGCAAGGGAGACAACCCAGAUCGUAUUGACUACACCGAGGAGGGCGAUGGUCCGCCCACGGCAAGCGACCGGGACUUGGUGUCAGGCACGUCGGCGUCCGCCACCGAGGACGAAGGCGCAGGGGCUCAGCGCGCGGGAAGGGGCCUAUUGGCUUCGUUCGUUAGCUCCCUCAAGAUGAACGUGGUGGGCACGUCGGCGCUGAGCCGCGCGGAUGUGGAGCCGGCGCUUGCGGACAUGAAGCGCAAGCUGAUGGAGCGCAACGUGGCAGAGGAGAUCGCGUCACAGGUGUGUGACAGCGUGGGGCGGCGUUUGGAAGGCCAGCGCCUUGCGGGCUUCACGGGUGUGGUGACCUUUGUAAGGAGUGCCUUUGAGGAGGCGCUGUCCGGCAUCCUCAACAAGCGCGCUGUGGAUGUGCUGCUGGACAUAAAGAAGAGCCAGGCCCGCGGGAAGCCAUACGUCAUCGUCUUCUGCGGUGUGAAUGGAGUGGGCAAGUCCACCAAUUUGGCCAAGAUUGCUUACUGGCUGGGCGGCCACGGCAUCAAGGUCAUGAUCGCAGCCUGUGACACGUUCCGCGCUGGUGCGGUGGAGCAGCUUAAAACUCACUGUGCACGGCUGCGUGUGCCACUGUAUGAGCGCGGCUAUGAGAAGGAUCCUGCCAAGGUCGCGUAUGAGGCCAUUCGCCAGGCUGAGCGCGACGGCCAGCACGUGGUCCUCGUGGACACGGCCGGACGCAUGCAGGACAACCAGCCGCUGAUGCGCGCCCUGUCCAAUCUGAUCGCUGUCAACAACCCCAACCUGGUGCUUUUCGUGGGCGAGGCCCUGGUGGGCAACGACGCCGUGGACCAACUGACCAAGUUCAACAAGGCCCUGUCGGACCUUGCGCCUACUGCUGCCGCCGCGGCAGCCUCCGGGGCUACUGGCGUUUCCGGCCGCGGCAACGAUGACGGUUCGGCGCUGACGCGCCGCCACGGCGGCGUCAUCGACGGCAUCGUGUUGACUAAGUUUGACACCAUUGACGACAAGGUGGGCGCGGCGCUCAGCAUGGUCUACACCAGCGGCGCGCCGGUCAUGUUCGUGGGCUGUGGCCAGACAUACGUCGACCUGAAGAAGCUCAAUGUCAAAUCAGUGGUGAAGAGCCUGCUCAAGUGAAGGCUAUCUUCUCAGCUGCGGUUGCCAGGGAGGACGAGCGGGGCGUAGAUGGCACUUGAAGUGUAGUAAGCUGGAUCCCAAGAGUGGUCACGAGGAAAGAAUGUACAUGCUGGCCAGAACAUAACAGCUAUAGUGAUUGGG